AUGGAAAAUUGGCAAGCAGCAUCGUUUAACGAACGGACUAAACUAUUGCUGAGACUAUCAAAACAAAUAAACGAUAAAAAUAAUGUUAUUCAAAAUGAAACGAGUUCACAACUAUUGACAAUAAGUAAUGAAAAUGAUGUAACAAAGAGCAAUGUGAACAACGAUGAGAAUACAAAUCUAGCUAUAAGUAACGUUGAGACUUUUUUAGCGAUUCCAGAUAACCCAACAGUUACCAGCUCUGAAACUGGAACUUCAUCUGGUAGUGAUCACUAUUCACAAUUUGAUGAUUCGGACUCAGACCUAAAUUACAGCUCCAGUUCUACGUCAUCUUCAAGUAGUUCGAGUAGCGAUUCUGAUGAGGGCCUCUCUGCAGAUGAAUCCUUGGCAGAACAGCCUGUUUUACCAAAUGAAACAGCAGAAGUCAAUUUAGAAUAUAAACAAAAAGGCAAGAAGAGAAAGGCAAAUCCCGACAAAUGGAAAAGAACGUUGCAAAAAAGGAAUUCUGGCUUGAAGUAUACAUCUAGUUCCAAACGUAAAAAAGUUUUUAAAGCUAAAAAUUUAGAACCGCUGUGCAGUCCAAAAUGCAGACUGCAGUGUAGUGCCAAAAUCACAGGCGAAGACCGAAAGGCAAUUUUUUCAGAUUCUGGAACUUGGGUGAUUUACAAAGACGUGAUUUUAUUUUGA